UUCAAAACUGUGUUUUUAUUGUGAAAUGAACGUUGAAUUUUCCCAAGUAAAAACGGAUGGUCACGUUAUUUAGAGUUUUUUGCAAUCAGAUCUAAAAUGAUAAGUAAUUCUCAACAAUUAAUUUUAUCAAUUCUCUUUGUAAGGCGGUACACUUUUCCUUAACAACUGAACAAAUAUUUAUCAAAUCCUUACAAUUAUCUGAGGUAGCUUAAAUAUUGAAACUAUUGAGAAGUAUUCAAGAGAUGAUAAACAGUCAAAAAGAUUCUGUCUUGAUCGUCACUGGAAUUCAUGUAGUUGAAGCAAAGAUGGAGCAAGUGGAAGAACAAAUCAGUGAGACAAUUUUUGAGAAAACUUUCCAGCGCAUAUUCACCGCCUUGAAGAUAUUUGGUUUCAGCCCAACUGUACCAAGUGUUCUGAAAACUAGAGAUCGACGGUGUUCGGCAUGGAAAGUUCUGUCCCUCUGCUACGGCGGUGUAAUACUUUUGUAUUCCAUUUUGAGUAUCAUUCGCACGUGCUAUGGCAUGGUUUUUGGGAGUCUGGUUUUCUGUUUUACUUGCGACUUUGCAUUGCCGUCUGGAUGACACGCUGCUUUCUGCAUUCCAUUAAUGUCAUGAAGAUCAUGACAAGCAACAAUGGUAAGAGAAGUAAGCUCUUUGCCAUUGUCAAACAGCUAGAUGAAAACAUUGGCAGAGAAACAAUGAGGAAUUGCAAAAAAGAAGUUCAGCGGUAUAAACGACGUUCGAAAAUUCUGUUUAUAAUUAUCUUUGGCGUCGUUAUCAUAAGCACUACAUUGGUUGCCGCAGCGUUGUUCAUUGGCGAUUCGGGAAAGAUGUUCCUACUGCUGCUGUACCCAUUUCAAGAUCAGAUAGUUUACAAGCUCCUAUAUGUCUUCAUGACUCUGCACAUGAAUGUUGCAUGGAUGGCACCAAAUUUGUUGUACGACUCGGUAUGUGACAGCCUCGUUUUAAAACUCAACUUUCUUGAAGAUAAACUGGCCUCUCUCAGUGAGAAUCUCACUGUUCGCGACCAUAUAAGUGAAAUACGCCAAAUGUAUUUAAAGAUGACACGGCUGGUUGGGGAAGUUGAUGCGAUGUUUGGUCCGAUGGUUAUGUUCGUGUAUGUGUUUGACAUAGCACUCUUCUCCUUGAAUCUCUACAUUUCGUUGUUUAUAGCAAGAAGCUUCCUUGAGCAUUUUGGUAUAUAUUUUUGGAUACUUAUGACAUUGGCAAACCUUCUAGUUGUCUCAUUCGAUGCAUCACGUGUGGUUGAAAAGGGUAAAAAGGUUGUCGAGCAAUUACAGCGACUUUCUCCUGAAGGUGCAGACUCUCAAGCCACUGCCGAGCUGUCUCUGUUACUGUUUCAUCUUUCGGGUGAACCCAUUGUGAUGACAAUAUGGAGUCUUAUUCCUCUCUACAAAUCUAUCAUUGUAUCUGUUUUUAUCAGCCUGAUAACCUACUUUACCCUUCUGUUGCAAUUCAAAUGAAGGCCAGUAGAAUGCCCAGAAAAGAGGGUUCUCCUUUUGAUUAGCAAAGCAUAUAUUGGAUGAAUUCCUUUUGCUAUGU